AUAACAUUCACUCAUAUUGAGGUUGCUGCACUGGGAUUGAUGAGUCAGCAAAAUGCAACCUAUUUCUCAUACAGAGGAAUGAAUUCCUUUAAGGUAAUAGUUGGUGUUGCACCAAAUGGAGUCAUUACUAAUGUCAGUCGGCUGUAUCCAGGUUCUAUUUCAGACAAGCCCAUUGUGCAACAGUCUGGACUCCUUAAUCACUUGACAGCUGGAGAUAUGAGUCUGGCGGACAAGGGUUUCCUUAUCCAGGAUGUUGUACCACAUGGUGUCUGUGUCAAUAUUCCACCUUUUCUGAAUAAUGGAACUUUCACAGAGAGUGAGGUCAAGAAAACAAAAGCCAUAGCUAAAGCACGGAUUCAUGUUGGAAGAGCCAAUGCUAGGCUGAAAGACUUCAAAAUUUUAGGCGUCAUUCCUUUGUAUUUGCACUGCUAUGCUGACAUUUUGUUUCAGUUAUGUGCAGCACUUGUAAAUUUGCAAUUUCCUCUCAUCAAAGAGGGAUGCGAAGAUAUGGUUUUUGAGUAGUUUUAUGCUUGAAGACUACAUUGGACAGUUUUUUAAUAAUUUUUGUUGUUCAAAUAGAAAUAAAAUAAUUUGUAGACUGAGGCUUACUUAGAAGAAAAUACAGCUAGAGGGGUGUGGGGCUGGAAGCAUUCUAAUAUAACAGUAAAGGGAUGAUUUUACCUCCUAGGGAUUACAAUAUUUAUCAUCUGGUA